GUGCAUAUGGCCGCUCUACACGUCAAACAGUCAUAGGUUAUGUCAUGUGUAACAACGGUCGAAUUUGAAAAUGUGUUAUUGUUGUCGUUGUUGUCAAAUGCUCUGACAAAACAUUGUUGAGGAUUAAUUGACGAAAAUAUUGUACAAAAAAAAUGAAACGACGUUCACUCUCAAAUCCGCCAAAUGGAGCGGAUAGUAACAGAAGAACAACACAACUUUUGAAAAUCAGAGGUUCGUCAGUGGACGCAGGUUCACACAUUCCUCGACCUCGAAUAAGAAGUUUAUCCUCCGAUCGACUUAGUGGCAGAAAGUCAGCAUUAUUAAAGCAAACAGGAAAAGUUUCAAUAGGACAUCAUGCACUCGCGACGCCAAAAAGACAAUCUUAUUCACGUUCUACAUUGUUAUCGAUGUCAACAUCGAAGAACACUCGUUCACCAUCCGCAGAACGUGCCAGCCUCCUGGCAGGAUCAAAAGGACCUCGCAAGGACUCGAGACCAAUUGCAGAGAAGGCCUUUCAAUUUCAAAUGCUCAAAAAAGUGGACAAUUACUUUCACCGAAUUCAACAAAGUUCUAUGCUCAAUGCAAACGGUAGUCUAAAACCCUUGAGCAUAAAAAUGUUCGUCGACGUAUCGGGUCUGCUCGUUGGACUCCUCGGUGUGAAGCACACCCUAAACAACAUCAAUUACGUCGAGGAAAUGCCAAAAAUCGCCAAGAAAUUACACUAUCCAGGACAAAUGUCAAAAGCUUGGUUAAAAACAGCAAAUGCAAUGCACGCCUUACCAAAUGCCCUCGCAUGGCUCAGUUGGCUCGUCGAACUCUGCGAAAUAAAAGACCUCGCCUUAGAGCAAUUUUCACUAGAAAAUCUCCCCUUCACAAAUGUCAACGAUUCAGCCGAAAAAAAUCGCAAUCUAUUUCUCUCAAUGAUCGAUUGGUACGUCGCAUGGAAUGAAAAUGCCGAACUCGAGGAGACACUUGUCGCUCAAUUUUUACAAAAAGAAGAAACACGACACGACGUCAGUGACGAGACAUUCGAGCAAGUUUCACGAAAUUACGAAAAUAAAAUCGAAGAACUCGAGGAAGAGGACAAAUUACGAUUGAAAAUUGAUUCAGAAACAAAACAAUUACAGGAUAUUUUAAUGAAUCUAAAGCAAGACAGUAAAAGUAUCGACGAAUAUUUCAUAGAACAAAACGAACAUAUCGAUAAACUAAACGACGAAAAUAAAAUAAUAGAAAGCGAUUGUUCCGUACUUGAAGAAGACGUCGAGAAAAAUAUCAUUCUACAAGAAAAACUAAAGACCACAAUUUCCAUGCAACCAAUAACACCUGCCGAACGUGACGAAAUUAUUGCCAAAUGUAACGAUAUAAAAAAAUUCCUCAAAGAAUUAUCCAUUCAUCUUGAGGACAUUCAAAAGGACAUUUACUCCCGUGACAUGAAAUUAUCAUCGGCGAAUCAUAAUCUAACGAAAACGAUUUUAAAAUACAAUCGUGACAUUCACUAUAAUCUCGCCGGUAUACCAGGUGUUGAUAUUUCCGAAAUUCAAAUACCGGACAAUAUUGCGUACACCGAAGCAAAAAAUAUCAUAGAACACGUGUCAUCAGCCCUAACAAAUCUAAAGGACAAGAAGGAGAAAGAAUUGGAAAAUGUGCAAAAAUUAGUCAAAGAAAAUAAUCACGAACUGGGAAAUUUGCAAGAGAAAUUGAAAAGUAUAACAGAAAAUAAUGAGGAUCUUGCUAGAGAAUUAGUGGAGAAAGAAGUGAAAAUUAAUGAAAUUAAAGAACAGGCGAAACUGGAGGAGGCCGAGAUACGUGACAAUAUCAAGAAAUUAGAGGAGAAAAUUGAAUCAAUGCAGGAGUCGCGUGUAAAUUUAGCGUCGUUGAAAAAGGAAUUAGACGAAAGAAUAGACAAAAAAGAUUCGUUAAAAAGGCGAAAGGAAUACUUAGAGAAACGAGCGUGUACAUUUUUUGAUAAUUUCUAUUCUAUUCUUGCUGAGCGGAGAAGAGAAUGUGAAGCACUUGCCGCUCAGAAAGAAUAACAAAUUUUAAUGUUUAUCAUCAACGAUUAAGAGAGAAAAAAAAUAUUUUUCAACCUUUUGUUUAAAAAAAUUUUCUCGUUUAAAUUAUUAAUGAAAAUGUCUUUCAAAUGUGAUGGAAAAUUAUACAUUUUUAUAGAAAUAGAAAAAUACGUAUAAAAAAUUAAAUAGAAAAAUAUUUUUAAUCGUUAAAAAUGAACUUGUUGAAAAAAUUGUUAUUUUUCACAUCGGUAAAGUUCACGACUUUUUUUAUUCAACGAUUGAAAAAGAACUAUUUUUUUUAUACAGAAAAGAAUAAAAUGUGAUGUUUACAAUUAUUGAUCGAAUAUUGUGCAAAACAUUUUCAUUUUUUUUUUUUACAAAAAUACUUGAAAAUUUAAAUAGAAAUUUUCGAUUGUAAACUAACGUAUUUUUUCCAAAUAGAAUAUAUUUUUGUACAUACCCAAUUAAAAACAACUACUUUUAAUUUUGUGUGUAAGAAAAUUAUAAAUAAAUUAUGAUAAUUGCAAAA